AUAUAUAUAUAUUCUAUCUCUCUAGAAGGCAGUGAGCUAACUAGAGAGAAACAGAGGAGAUUAAAAUGCGAGAAUGGGUCAGUACAGGCAACAGUACCACUACUGUAAUGGAACGACGACAGAGCACGUGGCCAUUGGGUUUCGAGGAGGUGGAGGUACCGGGAACAAGGCGGCUCGAUGGCGCCGAUCGGGACGCGUCGACAAGAGCUGCCGGAUCUCCAUCGGCUCUCUCAUUGUUAUUCUCUCUCUUGUGCUUGUUGUGACUGUUUUCGUUCACUAUUACAUCUCUGCUGAUAAUAAUGGUAAUAGUAAAGAAUUAAUUAGUUAUCAUUCCGAGGAUGAUGAUUUGAAGCUUGAUUCUGAUUUCCUCACUAAUGUGACACGAAUGGACAAUUUUAAAAUCCUUAAUUUUGGCAAUGGUUCUGUAGCACAUGGCCGUGAUUCACGAUAUUGGGAUAGGGAUGAUAGGAGAAGGGAUGAUGAUUACAAUGAGGAUGUGGUGGACCACAAUAUGAUGGAUUCUAGAGAUGAGUCACUUGAUGGUGACCAUAUUCCCAUGAAAAUGAGGAAUGAGAAGGAGGCUUCUCUUGAUUCUAAUAGGGAUUUGGAUAGUAGGGGUGUUGGGUUGUACAAUGAAGCUGGGCACAAUGAGUUAAAAUUGUAUGAAGCUGAAUAUGAGGCAUCUCUGAAGAAUGGGGGCAAAUCACGAAAGGAACUUGGAAAUAGCCAUCAGCUCUCUGACAGUAAGGACUUUGGAGUGCAUGAUGAGGUUGAUGAGGCUGAUGAUCACUUUAAUGAUGGCAUUGAUUCUAGUGAUAGUCGGAUGGAAGAUUAUGAUGAUUUUGGAAAUAACAAGGAGUAUAUUUUAGAUGAAGCAAAAUCUCAAGAUGAAAAUAUUAAUGAGUCCUCUACUUUCUCUAAUGCUACAACUAGCAAUCAACAUGUUGUCAAAGAGGUUAGGGAAAAAUCCACUUUAUCAAUGGAGGCUUCUCAAGAUUUUGAUGAUGUUGGUGUUAAUUCUCAUCAUGUUGGUUCCCUUGGUCGUAAAUCUGGAAAAAGCUCACGGGCAGAUUCAAAAAGAAAACCAAGGCGCCGCAAAUUUUCUGGCUCUUGUGAGAUGAAGUUAAUAAAUUCAACACACAUUGUGGAGCCUUUAGAAAGUCGAAAGUUUGCACGGUUUUCCUUGCAGUAUAUGCAAAUGGAGGAGAAGCCUGAAAGAGAAAAACAAUGGAUACCUAGAUUCGCUGGGCAUCAGAGUUUACAAGAACGUGAGGAAUCUUUUUUGGCACAUGACCAAAAGAUAAAUUGUGGGUUUGUUAAAGGUCCACAAGGAUAUCCAAGUACUGGCUUUGAUCUGGCAGAAGAUGAUGUGAAUUAUAUCAGCAGGUGCCACAUUGCUGUCAUAUCUUGCAUUUUUGGAAAUUCAGAUCGCUUGAGGACACCUGCUGGCAAAAAGGUUACUCGUUUGUCAAGGAAAAAUGUCUGCUUUGUUAUGUUUGUGGAUGAAGUCACGAUGCAAACGCUUUAUUCAGAAGGCCAAUCACCUGAUGGUGGUUUUAUUGGUUUAUGGAAGAUAGUGGUUGUAAAGAAUCUUCCAUAUGCUGAUAUGCGCAGAGUGGGCAAAAUACCAAAAUUGUUACCGCAUCGACUAUUUCCUUCUGCGAGGUACUCGAUCUGGUUAGAUAGCAAACUACGUCUACAGCGUGACCCUUUACAGCUUCUAGAGUACUUCUUGUGGCGAAAGGGUCAUGAGUAUGCUAUUUCUAAUCACUAUGACCGUCAUUGUGUCUGGGAAGAGGUUGCACAAAAUAAGAAGCUGAACAAGUAUAAUCAUACAGUCAUCGAUGAGCAAUUUGAUUUCUAUCAGGCUGAUGGGCUGAAAAGAUUCAACUCUUCAGAUCCUAACAAGCUACUUCCUAGCAAUGUGCCUGAAGGUUCGUUUAUUGUUAGAGCACACACCCCAUUGUCAAAUUUGUUCUCAUGUCUUUGGUUCAAUGAGGUUGAGCGGUUUACUCCCCGUGAUCAGCUAAGUUUUGCAUUUACAUAUCAGAAAUUGAGAAGAAUGAAUCCUGACAAACCAUUUUAUCUGAACAUGUUCAAGGAUUGUGAGAGGAGAGCCAUAGCUAAGUUGUUUCGACAUAGGUUAGAGGAGAAGCGAAAUGGUCAGCAACAGGCAACGUUGUAGAAUGUAUGUUGUAUUAUCGACAUUUCCUGUUGAAUAUCAAAAUUUUUUGUACACUUUCCUUGACCCUUCUGGUUCAGUUCCUUGUAACGAAUGUAACAGUGCUACAAGUUGCAGCAGUGCUGGUUUUUGCCAUAGAAUGAUGAAUUUUGCAACUUGUAACGAGGAUAUCUGGAGUGGAUAUGAUGUUUCUUGUGCGCGAUAUGUUGGGCAUGGCGCCGUAUGCUCAGGCAGUCCCUUCAAUUUUAAUUUGGUAGAUUCUGUCAAUUAGAAAAUUCAAUUCUGCUUCAUUAUUCUUUGUUCACAUUCAUUAUUCCGUACGUAACAAGCAACGGUACCAUUGUACUUUUUACACCAA